CAUUUGCGUCAUUUUAGUGAUGACGUAUUUCACGUGCGUCACCACUUCCGGGUUACGCAGUGGAGUCAAAAAAUGGAGGCGACACGUCUCUGAAGGGGACACCGAAAUGCUAUCAUGGAAAAUGACUCUUUGACCACCGAAAAUCGGAAUUUUUGAAGAGACGAUGUUAUCACGGCUGUUCCGGCUCCACGGCCUGUUGGUGGCCGCCCACCCGUGGGAGGUCAUCAUCGGCACGCUGGCGCUCACCGUCUGCCUCAUGUCCAUGAACAGCCUGACCUCCAGCACCCGCGUGUGCAGCUGGAACGACUGCCCCAAAGUGGAAGACGAGCCCACCCACAGCAGCGACGCCGUCAUCCUGACUGUGACGCGCUGCAUGGCUAUCAUUUACAUCUACUUCCAGUUUAAGGCCCUCCGGCGGCUGGGCUCCAAGUACAUUCUGGGUAUCGCCGGUUUAUUCACGCUAUUCUCCAGCUUCGUUUUCAGCUCGGUCGUCAUCCACUUUUUUGGCAGAGAGCUGACGGGCCUCAAUGAAGCGUUACCUUUCUUCCUCCUGCUCAUCGACCUGUCCAAAGCCUGCACGCUGGCCAAGUUUGCCCUCAGCUCCAACUCUCCGGAGGAAGUGAGGGAGAACAUCUCCGAGGGCAUGGCCAUCCUUGGACCCACCUUUACGCUGGACGCUCUGGUGGAGUGUCUGGUCAUCGGGAUCGGCACCAUGUCAGGCGUGCCGCAGCUGGAGGUCAUGUGCUGUUUCAGCUGCAUGUCGGUGCUGGCCAACUACUUUGUCUUCAUGACUUUCUUCCCCGCUUGUGUCUCGUUGGUCUUGGAGUUGUCGAUGGAAAGUUGCGAGGGUCGCCCCAUUUGGCAGCUGAGCCCCUUGGCCCACGUUCUGGCCGAAGAGGAGCACAACAAACCCAAUCCGGUGACGCAGCGGGUGAAGCUCAUCAUGUCUCUCGGACUCGCUCUGGUCCACGCCCACGCGCGACUGGCGGCCGAGCGGCCAGGCCGCAACCAGACGACGGCGACGACGGCCGCGCGCAAGACGCUGGAGCGCGGCGCCACCAUGCUGCCGCUGCAGCUGAAUGGGGUGGACCUGGAGCAGGUGAUCACGCUGGGCCUGGCCCUGCUGCUCGCCGUCAAGUACGUCUUCUUCGAGCAGAGCGAGACGCAGUCGUCGCUGUCCAUCAAAAGCCCCUCGGGCGGCUCGCCGCCCGCCCGGAGGCUGGCGGGGGCCGACGCCUGCUGCAGGAUGGACCUGGUCGCCGCCAAAGUCAACAAGAGCCCCGCCGUCGCCGUCGCAGCGGCGCAGUCGAGACUUGCGCGCAGGGAGGAAGCCGAGGCCCGACCGCCCCCGGCGGCUCCCGAAGGAGCCGAAACUCGCCCACGCGCGUUGGAGGAAUGUCUGGACGUCCUCGCCGAUCCGCAGCGAGGGCCGCGUUGCCUCAGCGACGGCGAGGUGAUCAACCUGGUGGCGUCACGUCACAUCCUCAACUACAAGCUGGACGCCGUGCUGGAGACCCCCGAGAGGGGCGUGGCCAUCAGGCGGGAGAUGUUGUCCGCCGAGCUUCCCGUUCGCACCGCCUUGUCCUCGCUCCCGUAUAAAAACUACGAUUACGCCAAGGUGAUGGGCACGUGCUGCGAGAACGUCAUCGGCUACGUGCCGGUGCCGGUGGGCGUGGCCGGCCCGCUGCCCCUGGACGGCGUGCGGUUUUACGUUCCCAUGGCGACCACCGAGGGCUGCUUGGUGGCCAGCACCAACCGCGGCUGCAGGGCUCUCUCCCUAAGCGGGGGCUGCCGCAGCAGGGUGCUCUCCGACAGCAUGACCCGCGGUCCCGUGGUGCGUCUGCCCUCGGCCUGCCGCGCCGCCGAGGUCAAAGCGUGGCUGGAGAGCGCGGAGGGCUUCGCCGUCAUCAAGGACGCCUUCGACCGGACCAGCAGGUUCGCCCGGCUGGAGAAAAUGCUGGUGGGCUUAGCGGGGAGGAACCUGUACGUCCGCUUCGAGGCGCACACUGGAGACGCCAUGGGCAUGAACAUGCUAUCGAAGGGCUGCGAAAAGGCUCUGCUCAGACUACAGCAGCAGCACCCCGACGUGGAGGUUCUGUCCGUCAGCGGCAACUUCUGCACCGACAAGAAGGCGGCCGCCGUCAACUGGAUCCUGGGACGGGGCAAGUGCGUCGUGUGCGAGGCCACCGUCCCCGCUAAGGUGGUCCGAGAGGUGCUGAAGAGCAGCACAGCGGCCCUGGUGGAGCUCAACAUCAACAAGAACCUGGUGGGCUCGGCGAUGGCGGGCAGCGUCGGCGGCUUCAACGCGCACGCCGCCAACAUCGUGGCGGCCAUCUUCAUCGCCUGCGGGCAGGACCCCGCACAGACGGUGGGCAGCGCCAACUGCAUCACGCAGAUGGAAGCGAGCGGACCCGGCGCCGAGGACCUCUACGUCAGCUGCACCAUGCCCUCCCUUGAGCUGGGCACCGUCGGCGGCGGCACCAACCUGCCCCCGCAGCAGGCCUGUUUGCAGAUGCUCGGCGUCCAAGGCACCAGGCCCGACCGGCCGGGCGAGAACGCCCGGCAGCUGGCGCGCGUGGUCUGCGCCAGCGUCCUGGCGGGCGAGCUCUCCCUCAUGGCCGCCUUGGAGGCGGGACACCUCGUCAAGAGUCACAUGACACACAACAGGUCCAAAUCCAACAUGGCGGCCGCGUCGUCGCUUUCCGGGAACGCCUCGUGACGCCGUCGCUUCUCCUGCGGAAGAAACACGGCGGCGAUCGUGUGGACCCGCCCGCGCCACCGCCGGCGACGUCCGAGUCGAGGCGGUCCAAUGACUGGAGACCCGACUUGCCUCUGCAUGAGCUCACGUGUCUUCUUCUUUUCUUUCUGAAGGCUUUUUUUAAUUUAAUUUUUGUUUUUUUGUUUUUUUUUUGCAAUGAGAUGACUCUUUGUAGCCGGUAUUGCACUCCCGAUUUGGACGAAGAGUGAAGCUCAGAACUGUGAAGUUAUGUUUUGAGUGUGGUUCAAUAUUUAAAUGAUAAAGCUUUUUCAUCAUCCAG